ACGAGUGACUAAGCGGGACCUCAGGGAUGAGGUUCCUGCCGGCGCACACUGUUGAGCCGGCUUCCUAGCGGGCCGUGCAUCCGGGUGCCGCCGAACGCGGUUGCUAAGGACCCAGAGCGCCCCGAGCGCCAGCCUGGGUCCGGCUUCGUAGGCCGUAUUUGAAACCGUCCACCUCCCGCCCUCCCCGUUUUUAGCAUCUGCUUUUUGCCCUUGCUUUCUACGUGUCUUCCUCGCUUUCUAACUGACAACUCACUAGUCGCGAAACUAGGCAUUAGGUAUUCGGAGGCGGGUGAUGGUGAGGAUGCUGGAAAAAUAGAAGGCAGAUUUUAGGAUUACUUUAGGGUAGAACUGAUUGGGGUAAAUGGGUGUCGCACUCUGUCCCUCGGAAUUUGAGAGAGCGUUAAGUGUGGAACGCACCUUCUCUAGUGAGGGGCCUGUUAAACUUUUGGAGCUUUGUAGUCUUCAGAUUAGAGAGGAGGAAAAACGGUGGGAUCUGCCCCUAGAGUUUUUUUUAACAAGCAGUACAAUGCUCUCAGAAACUGUGUUGGGGAAGAAAGAUAUAGUGAAGUGAAUAGGGUAUUCGAGUUGUCCAAAACAAUGAUGGUGUGAUUUGCUAGCAUUGACACAGGUGCCAGAAGGAAGUGCCUUGUAGGUGACCUGCAGUAUCCACUCUAAGGGAAAAUGGCCCUGCAGUGGAGCUUUAGUAACCUUGUUUUUUCUCUGAUACUGUGACAUAGCUGGGGUUCCACGUUUGGUGGAGCUAUGGAUUGUAGCGUCUAUUUAAAAUCUUCAUAUUCUGCAAAAGAAUGAAAUGAAAGGUGACUUGUAUAAUAUUUAUAACACAAAAUAAAAUAUUUCUUACCUCUUCACUUUCCCUGUCACUGCUCUACAUCGCCAUUUAUCCACACGGUAUUUAAUGGAGAAAACACUCAAAAGAGUUGUUGAGGCUAAACAAGUUUUGAAAUCAACUGCAGAGUAAAACAGAAGCAAUGCAGAAACCAGGGUGUCCUGCAAGUGUAGAGUUGAGAGGCAGAGUAACAGGUAACUGUGAUCAAAGGACAUCCGCAGCUGCACAAAUAAAACAGAGGACUGCCAUUCAGCGAAGCAAAUCCACAUCCUCAACCAGUUCUCCAGAGUCUGUAAGAAAACUUCAUCCUCGACCAAGUGAUAAAUUGAACCCUAAAACAAUUAACCCUUUUGGUGAACAGUCACGAGCCCCUUCUGCAUUUGCUGCUAUUUAUUCUAAAGGAGGUAUUCCUUGCAGAUUGGUACAUGGUUCAGUAAAACACAGAUUACAGUGGGAAUGUCCUCCUGAAAAUCUUCCAUUUGAUCCUCUUCUUAUUACUUUGGCCGAGGGUCUAAGAGAGACUAAACAUCCAUAUACCUUUGUGUCCAAGGAGGGUUUCAGAGAAUUACUUUUGGUCAAAGGUGCUCCUGAGAAGGCUAUACCUUUGCUACCUCGACUGAUUCCUAUACUGAAGGCAGCUCUGGUCCACUCAGACGAUGGAGUGUUCGAAAGGGGGUUGAGUGCUUUGGUGCAGCUGAGCAUUGUCGUUGGUCCUUCUCUAAAUGAUCAUCUGAAACACGUGCUUACAGGCCUCUCCAAGAGACUGAUGGACAAGAAAUUCAAAGAGCCAAUCACCAGUACAUUACAGAAGCUAGAGCAGCAUGGUGGAAGUUUUUCCAUAUCCUGUGGACCUUUGUGGGAAAUGGGACUAUAAAACAGGACGGGGCCAACAUAUGGUAUUUCAUGGGGAAGCCUUAUAAUCAUCAAAUCCAAAAUUCCAACGUAUUGCUCUAUAUGCUGUUGAAUAAGGGAGCCAAAAAAUGUCAUCUUCCUGCUGAUAGGUGUCACCCACUGACCAUGGAUGCUCAUCAAACCUUUGUUCAGUUCAUUUUAUUUAUUUUUGUAAAUCACGGCCACCAUUCAUUACUUGUAUUUACAAGUUAAGAUGAAUAUAUAUAGUCCUGUUGAAUUAGAGUAACAUUUAUUCAUCAACCAAAAGGAAUGGGUAAUGAGAAGCUAUUAAAAGAACUUCCAUAA